AUGGCGCCUCUACUGCGCGUCGUCGCCGCCACGGCGCUCCUCCUGCUGGCGGGGGGCCCCGCCGCCGCCGCCUCGCAGUGCGACGACAAGAAGCCCACGUCGAGCCCCGUGACGGCGCCGGGCGUCGCGUACAAGGUGCUGCUCAACGACCUGGCGCGCCCGCGCGGCGUCGUGACGGACGCGCAGGGCAACCUGCUGGUCGUGGAGCAGGGCGGCAAGGGCGUGCGGAGGGUGGUGCUGGAUGACGGGGUGGGUGUCGACGUGUGCGUCAAGGAGAGCGCGCAGCUCAUUGACGAGUCUUCGCUCAACCACGGCAUCGCCCUGUCGGGCGACGGCAAGACGCUCUUCGCGUCCUCGUCAACCGACGUCUACGCCUACUCGUACGACGCGGCCAAGGGCACGGCCGGCACGGGCAAAAAGGUCAUCACGGGCAUGGACCAGGGCGGGCACGCGACGCGCACGCUGCUCAUCCCCAAGCACAACCCGAACCUGCUCGUCGUGUCGCGCGGGUCCGACGGCAACAUCGACACCGACACGACCAACAUUGGCUCGGCGCGGAGCCAGCUGCGCAUCUUCGAGGUGGACAAGCUGCUCGAGGGCAACGCGGCGGUCGAGUACGCGAGCGGCAAGGUGCUGGGCUGGGGGCUUAGGAACAGCGUCGGCGUGGCCGAGGACCCCACGACGGGGUACAUUUGGUCGGUCGAAAACUCCAUCGACAACAUGAAGCGCGGCGGAGACGACAUCCACAACUCCAACCCGGGCGAGGAGCUCAACUUCCACGGGCUGCCCAACGACACGAGCAGCGACGUGUACGGCAAGAACUACGGCUACCCGGCUUGCGUGGCCAUCUACGACAGCUCCAACGUCAAGGACUACCCGGGCGGCGCCGUGACCGGCAAGCAGAUGGUGGGCGACCAGAUGCCGAGCAACUACACCGACGACUUUUGCCAGAAGGAGACGGUGUCGCCGUACGUGACGUUUGGGUCGCACCUGGCGCCGCUGGACAUUGAGUUUCAGGACGACGGCUCGGCGGCGUACAUUGCCAUGCACGGGAGCUGGAACCGCCAGCCGCCCAACGGGUACCGGCUCAGCCGCGUGUCGUACAGCAAGGGCUUCCCGGCGCGGCCCAAGGACAGCCAGGACGCCGAGGAGCGCAUCAUGUGGAACGCGGACAACGCCGAGUGCCCCGGCAGCUGCUUCCGGCCGGUGGGCCUGGCGCUCGGCGAGGGCGGGCGGCGGCUGUACAUGACGAGCGACGCGACGGGCGAGCUGUACGCCGUGACGGGCUUCCAGGCGUGCGGGUACGGCGGCAUGCGGGUGCAGGUGUUUUACCGCUGGGGCGUGUCGGCGAGGACGGACGAGACGCGGAUCGAGUACUGCGACGGGGCGGUCUGA